AUGAAAUAUCGCCAACUCCCCCGCACCGACCUGAUGCUGUCCGAAGUGGGCUUCGGCGUCUGGACCGUGGCCACCAACUGGUGGGGCCAGAUCCCCGAGGAAACCAGGCGACAGCUGCUUGAAGAGGCGCUCGAAUUGGGCAUCAACUUCUUUGACACCGCCGACACCUACGGCGAUGGCUACGGCGAAGAUGUCCUCGCCAAGUUCAUGAGUCACCGCCGGCAUGAGAUGAUCAUCGCCACCAAGUUCGGCUACGACAUCUACGACCAGACCACGCCCCGCGUCGGCCACCAGGAACGCCCGCAGAAGUUCGAGCCGGAGUUCAUCCGCUUCGCGUGCGAGCAGUCGCUGCGCCGACUGAAGACCGACUACAUCGAUCUGUACCAACUGCACAAUCCGCGCAUCGAGGCCAUCGAGAACGACGAGGUGUUUGAGGUUCUUGAGGAGCUGAAGCACGAGGGCAAGAUCCGCUACUACGGCUCCGCCCUGGGCCCCGACAUCGGCUGGUUCGAAGAGGGCGAGGCCAGCAUGAAAGAGCGCCACGUCAACAGUUGCCAGAUCAUCUACAGCAUCCUGGAACAGGACCCGGCCAAGGACUUCUUCCCCAUCGCCGACAAGGAGCAGGUGGGCUUGCUCUCCCGGGUGCCCCACGCCUCCGAGGCGUUGACCGGCCGCUACGACGCGCCGCCGGAAUUCAACGAGGAUGACCACCGUUCCUACCGCCGGCAUCAGUGGCUCAGCGAGGCGCUGGUCAAGGUGGAGCAGGUCAAGUUCCUGGCCGGCGAAGACGCCGGCCGCACCAUGAGCCAGGCCGCCAUCCAGUUCGUGCUGCACCAGCCCACGAUCACCAGCGUGCUGCCCAACUUCACCACACUGGAGGAGCUCAAGGAGUACACGGAAGCGGUGGACACACCCGAUAUCACCGAGAGGCGACCAGGCCAUCAUCGAUGA